UUCACGCUCUAAUCAGGCUUGUCUAUCCAGCGAGGAUCUUUACCGGUGUCAACACGAGAUAAAGGCGAAGAUGUUUUUUCUCACAUUUAAGUACAUUAACCCUGUUGAAUGCUGAAGGGGGUACAGAUGAGAUUUGGAAGGCUUGGCUGGCCCCGAAUGGUGAUGCAGUAUCCCUCUCUUACUGAACACACCUAUGGAUUUCUGAUGAACCGGUGGUCCAGCUGAAACGCGAGUUGACGAGUCAGGUGCCAGGUGGCUUUCAAAGGUACGGAGGUGUUGCUUUUGUGCCUGCGCAGGACAUGGGACCUAAUUUUGCCACUUUGGGAUACGGUAACGGAGGAUUUGCGUCUUCCUGAACGGGAAGACAGUCUUCGGACAAUAGCGGGAGUCUAAAGGACUGCGCGCCGGCGAAAUGCGCACCGACCACGGUUUCAUUCUGCUACUCCUCAAUGGGACGGCUUGCCUGCUGGCCCUUGGGCAGGAAGACUCCCCCACCACCUCCAAGGGCUCGCCCGAGGACCCGUCCAAGACAGUGGGCGUGCUGAGUGGCGGCGACAGUGGCCAGAGCUCCUCGCUUUCCCCGCUGAGCCGCUGGGUCCUGCACAGCAAGAGCCGGGCUGCCAACACCUCGGCCGUGGAGCUGCCCUACCGCUCGCCUGUGCCCUUCUCCAAGCAGGAGUUCUGGGAGAUGCUAGGCAGUGACCUGCUCAAGGCUGCUGAUGACCCCCUGGGUGGCGCACGGGUCAAGCGCCGGCCCAUCGUCAAGACGGGCAAGUUCAAGAAGAUGUUCGGCUGGGGCGACUUCUACUCCAACAUCAAGACGCUGCGCCUCAACCUGCUCAUCACUGGAAAGAUCGUCGACCACGGCAACGGCACGUUCAGCGUCUACUUCCGCCACAACUCCACGGGCCAGGGCAACAUCUCGGUGAGCCUGGUGCCGCCGGUCAAGGCAGUGGAGUUUGACCUGGAGCGCCAGAGUGUGGUCUACCCCAAGGACUCCAAGAUCUUCAACUGCCGCAUCGACUACGAGAAGGUGGACCGCAGCAAGCGCACGUCACUCUGCAACUACGACCCGUCCAAGACCUGCUUCCAGGAGCAGACGCAGAGCCACGUCUCCUGGAUGUGCUCCAAGCCCUUCAAGGUCAUCUGCAUCUACAUCUCCUUCUACAGCACCGACUAUCGCCUGGUCCAGAAGGUCUGCCCGGACUACAACUACCACAACGAGAUGCCCUACUUGCCCUCGGGCUAA